AGGAUGCUCGCACAUGCAAAGAUGUAAAUGCGAAAUUUUUGGCAAUGCAGAAAUAUAAAACUAACAUUUUUUACCGCUAGUAUUUUGUGAUGACGGUACAUGAACAGCGAAGAUUAGCCUUCAAGUACAUUGACGAUGUUGCCGUGACUCGGUUCGUCGCUCAAAAGUCUCCUUCAAGGCCGUGUCAAACACUAGUGAUAGUAACUAUCGAUCGUUCUUUGCCACAUUCGACAAUAAAUUCAGCUGAAAAAAACAUCUUUUGCGAAUGAAGCCAAACAAUUACGAAGACCUUGACAGCAAAGCGUAUCAGUUUGUGAAAUUUUGCUCCGUCAAUAUGUCAGUUAUCUGUUCGUUUUUUCGUCUGGUCUUUUGUGAAUGUGGUGCAAUACGCUGUAGUACAUCGUUACAUCAUCGCGAUAUGCGCUUUUGCAUUUGGAGUCCGAUUAUGAAGAAAGGGUCUAUCGGGCUAAAUUUGCCCGCGCUAGCAUUGAUGUUCACGCACGAAAUUCCACUUUUUCCUGUCAAUGCCGCGAAGCUGACACACUCGUGACGAGCAGCAAAAACUUGUCGACAAUCCUCUUCCGGUCCUUCACUUUCAUUUGGUCACGUUGCUGCUGCAAGAGUCUGUUUCCGCAGCUGAUGUUGCUAAUUUCUUGUGCAGAGCCUUUGGAGUAUACAGUUGAAAUCAACAAAACUCUCAUAAUAAUAAUAAGUAUGUUGACUUUAAAUGUUCUGAAGACACAAAAA